CUUUUUUUUUUUUCCGCCACCAUGUCCACCUCUAAAUCAUCCUUCCACCCCGCUUUCGCCGUCUCCAACAUCCGUAAUCACAUUCCUGUGGUUCUUGAAAUGGAGAAUGCACAAUACGGCACAUGGGCGGAAUUGUUUAGGAUCCACGCCAUAUCCCAUAGGGUCAUACACCAUAUCAUCGCACCAGAGAAAGGGAAGCAGGCGGCCCCUCCCUCCGAUGACGACAAAGAACUUUGGUCGACCCUUGAUGCGACUGUGCUCCAGUGGAUUUAUUCCACGAUUUCGAAUGACCUCCUUACAACUAUUCUUGAACCUGGAGCAACGGCCAUGGAAGCCUGGGAUCGCUUGCGUGAUAUCUUCCAGGACCAUCAAAAUCAUGCCGUUAUGCUCGAACAAGAGUUCUCUACAACUAGGAUGGAAGACUUCCCGAACGCGUCUGCGUAUUGUCAGAGGCUCAAGAGCAUCUCCGAUUAGUUAAAAAAUGUGGGGGCUCCGGUUUCCAAUUCCCGCCUUGUUCUUCAGUUUGUUUCGGGUCUCACCGAC